UCAUCAUCAUGAGUGACAAAAUUGUUUGCUCGUUUCUUUUAAUUCUAUUUCUGAACUUUGUCAUUUCGGUACCUACGACUUCUGACACAUCAAGUUACAACAGGGAACUUCAAGUGCCCUCAGCUAAGAAAUACUACUUGAAAAUAAUUACAGAUGGAGCGACAAGGGAGGAGACCGUUGAAGAGCUUUUUCCGGGUCAACUCCAAGUAAAGGGUACAUUUCAGCAGUAUUUUCCUGGAAGUAAAUAUCUGGUUGUCAUCUAUGAAGCCGGCACCAGGGGCUAUGUUGCUAAAUUCGACUUCAUCGUUGGACAGCCUCCAAUACAACGCCUAAGUCCCAAUGCCUUAAAAACUGCAUCCGGAUGAGUGUUUUAAAAUGAGGUUAAAAUAUUAAAUAAGGAUAAACCUGAAUAUUUAGCAACCAAAUAUAUAGAUAUACCAAGUAAUACGCAAAGUCUUACGUAUCAAUUUAUCAAAAAAAUUAUACCAGAUGAGAAGUUUUGGUGCUUUGCCAAUAUAAUUUCUUUAUACGAAUUUCGCGGUC